AUGGAACUCGCAAAUGACCUUUGCUCGCGAACCCAAGAAUGCGUUUCCCUUUUCCAGAGUACCUCAGGUCAUCGGGCGCUCGCUGACAAUGACUGGUUUGAAGAUCGCGCCGCAGACUUUGCGUGGUGGGCUCACGGCUUAAAAGCGCAAAAGACUGGCAGGAGUUCUCUCGACUAUCGACUCAGAGAGCGAUUAGAUGUUAAAAGAGUCAUCGCAGGACUGCUCGACAGCUUAGCCUUAGCGUUGAAGGAAUAUCUGCAACCAGACAAGAGCCAGGGGUCUAUUCGUCAUGACCCGGAUGACGAGGAUGACAAGUUUUCCGAGUCCGAAAAGAGUUCAAGUGGUUCCUCUUGGUCCGAACUCUCUGAUAAGGUCGAACAGCCAGAGGACAACGACGCCGCAGCAGAUAACCCAGACAACGAGAACUCUGACCCCAGAUUCUACAUUGAAACCAACCUGAAGCUACUGGCCAAGAUAUCCAUCGCCAUCCGAAGAUCUGGGCAAAGGCUGCGCUACUUGAAAGCUGAUGCGUACUUGAGGGAUCACCUAGACGAUAAGGAAUACAGGCUACUCAGGAAUCACCUCUUAUUCCUCAUUCUGGUCGGCUCUUACGAACAAAAGCUUUUUACUGAGCUGCGGCGUCUAGCUAUCAGCCAGGAAAUACCGAAAGCCGUCGAAAUCGUAAUUCGCUCGUGGAUUAUUGAUCCCUCUCGCGCAACAUCAACCCAGCAAGGACUUAUCGAGGCCAAUGUUGUAAGGCGAAACAGGAUUGCAUACGCGAGGCGCUUUAUCGGCAAGGAUGUUGUCCCACAGAGGCCUCAAGAAGAUAAUGCUAAAACCAUUGCCCCUUCACAACUUCCGGAGGCGCUGCUUGUGCCAGCCAGGGAAGCAAGCACGUUUGGCACAAAAGAGCCACUUCCUAUCCCAAGCCCUGCCCAACCACUACCUGACCCUCUGGAGCCUGCCAAGCCCCUGACAGCAAAGACUUUGACAGCGACAGAAUUGGGUUCUCAGUUCAUCCUGCCUAUAAUAAUGCCAUUGGAACCGAAGAGGGGGGCGAUGUCAAUCUUGACCAAAAUUACGCAAACUGGCACUAACCAAGAUUACCCAGCAUGUCCCGCAAAGAAGGGCAGCUUUCAGUGUCCAUACUGCGUUCAAGUCCUGCCCGAGGACUACGCAACAAAGUCGAGAUGGCGAGGCCACGUUGCCCAAGACCUGAAUCCAUAUUCAUGCAUCUAUCACCAUUGUCCAGACUCUGGCAACUUGUAUGCUACCAAGGAGGAAUGGAACAAUCACAUCAGGAACAAACACAAUAAGGAGCGCUGGGCUUGUGAUGAUUGCAUGUUUGAAAGCGACCAUGACGACGAAUUCAUCUUUGACAGCCAAGAUUCAUGGGCGAGCCAUAUGAGACAUCGCCACAACUUUUCGGAGGAUCGUUUGACGCUACUUAGUAACAUGAGCAAGAGAGACCUCAACGAGUCAGUCCAAUGUCCUCUCUGCAAACGGCCGUGCGGAUACUCGAGGCCCGAUCAGGAUGAUCACAUUUCUGAGCAUCUCCAUUCUUGGGCCUUGAGGGCUCUUCCUUGGGAUUUGAACCCAGACGAUGACGCUUCCUCUGAUUCACCUGAGAUGGGAUCUGAGAACGACCUGGCAAGAAUGUCAGACAUUAGUGAGCAAUCGGAAGAUGAGGUUGAAAGCGUGACUGCAACCAUAUCAAAUGCGAUUGACCGCGAAGUGACUCGUUGGAGACAAGAGAAACCAAUCGGUUCGUCUCGGCUUGAUGUUCUGGUCAAGGAACUUGAAGAGGUGAUUGCUAAAUGUAUGGCUCAUGCGUGGCUCGACACGCAGAACGAGAUCAUGUUACAACUUCUCAUAAAUAUUAACCAAGUCAAGGCCCAGUUCUGUCGUGCCUCACGUGCAGAAUUGGAGGAGAGGGAAUUCACCACUCAACAGCAACAAGAUAUCGAAGAGAACCUAUGUACCAACAUCGAACUCGGUAUGGAUUACAUGAACGGAUUGAUAGGCGAGCGAGAUAUAGAUCCCAGUCAGGACCCCAAGGAAUGGCCCAACUCUUCGCCGUUCCCCAAGAUCAACGACACAAAUAUUCCGCCAAAUGACGAGGAGAAACUGGAGAUCUUAUGGAACGCGCGACAUCAUGUGUUACACUCAAAUAACGUUUCAAUGCAAAUUACCUGGGCGCGUGAUGUCCUCACCUGGAUACAAAUCAGCCAAGAGGAUCGCGCAAGAGAGACGAAGUACAACAUCAAUUCCCGACCUGAAACCCCUGGGAUAGAACAUGAGCUCAUUAUCGAUGCAACGAAUAUCAUCACUCACCUCGCAGACCAGGAGCAUCCUGAGGCACUUUAUAUGCGCUCAAAGUGGCUCGAGUUCGGUAUCCUCGGUAAUCGCGUUGAUAAGCAAGAGGCCUAUAGUGGAUACUCGCGGGCAGCAGCCCUUGGCCACGGCAGAUCAAAGUAUAGAUGUGGCGUGCUACACGAGCAGUCUAAUGAUAUGCUCACGGCUAAGCGACAUUAUUACCGUGGUUUAGCUGUCAAAGACUCUGCCUCGCUAUACAGAAUGGGCAUGAUGAGCCUCUUGGGCCAACACGGAGAGAUCAAGGACCAGAUUAUUGGCCUUGAGCGCAUGAAGGCUUCUGCUGAUAGCUCAGAUGAAGACGCUCCUCAAGGCUCCUAUGUAUACGGCGCGUUGAUCGCGCGGGAGCUACCCGAUACCAUUAUUCCCGAAGAUCUGCUACCUCAUGACCCUUCUACAGCUAAGAUGUACCUCGAGAAAUCAGCUUACUUAGGGUUUGCUAAAGCUCAGGCUAAGUUGGGUCAGGCAUAUGAGCUUUGUCACCUAGGCUGUGACUUCAACCCAUCCUAUUCCCUUCACUAUUAUGGCCUGGCGGCUAAGCAGGGAAUACCAGAGGCAUCUAUGGGUGUCAGCAGAUGGUUCCUAUUUGGAUAUGAGGGUGCUUUUGCGAAGAACGAGGCUUUGGCAUAUAAGUACGCUCAACAGGCUGCAGCUGGUGAGUUUGCAAUUGGAGAAUUCGCCAUGGGUUACUAUAAUGAGAUCGGAAUACACGUUCAGAAGGAUUUGGCAGAAGCCCGGAGGUGGUACCAGUUAUCCGCCGAUCACGGCAAUGACGAUGCCGUUGAUGCCAUUCUCCGACUCCAGUCGUUAGAUAAAGGCGAGAAGGCCAGACAAGACAGAAACCCUAAGGCAAUUCCCCUGGCGAGUCAGACCUUUGGGGAGACCCGCUCCAAAGUUGUUGAACAGACCCGUUUGGAACCCGUUUCAAAACCAAAGACAAUCAUCGUUGGAAUAGACCUAGGCGCAGUGUUCUCGUCAGUCUCGUGGGCAGAUUCCUCGAACCCUUAUGAGAUCUACGUAAUACACGAUUGGCCUCAUGCAGCCGCCAUCUCGGCAUCAGAUGGCCAAGUCCCAACGCAGUAUGACCUGGAAACGAAACUAUGGGGAAACCCCAGGAUGCAAGCUGCUCGACUCCGCAAGUCCGUGAAUAUAGCCCAGAAAAACUGUUUCUCGGCCUUGGAAGAUUUUUGCAGCGGUGUUGAGCCAGCUCGUAAGCAGGCUACCCGAUUCCUCACGUCUUAUAUCGGAACUCUGUGGAACCAUGUUGUCCACGAGAUUCUCUCAAAGACCGAAGGUUGGGAUCUUGAAUUCAUUCUGUCUCUUUCAAUUCCUGUCUACUUCUCGUGGGAAAUGGAGAACCGUCUUCUGCGAAUGGCUCGUGAUACCACGGCCCAUAACGGCGCCUCGAAAGUCGUCGAGGUCAAUGCCAUUGGACAGUUGCAAGCAGUCAUUUUGAAUUCACUCAAGGACCAAUAUCGACUAAACCGAUCUGCAAGAGGACCAAGCGUAGUCAUGGAGAAUGGAGAAAUUGUUGUUAUAUGUGAUUGCGGUGGCACUGGUGCGCGCGCUCUCAGCUACGAAGUUCACACAGAGUCCCCUCCUCUCGUCCAACAACUCACAUCCUGGAACGCUGAAAAUUUUGGCACGCCUUCAGUUGAUAUGGAAUUCAUUAAUUACUUGCUCAACCAUUCAUCUUCGAAUUUGGGGACUUCCAGAUCGGCACUGAACGAACUGGACUUUUUUAUCGAGACUGAAUGGGAAUAUGGGUUGAAGAGAACUUUCAGGGGCGACGACAAUCACGAUAUUAUCCUACAGCUUCCCAGAAAGGCCAUCUCCGCCUUGAAACGACUUCAGCCAUCGUCCAGCAGGCUAUUGAUUAAACCGAAUGUUGUUCGCAAGUUUUUUGAAAAAUCGUUAAUGGCUAUCGAAAAGGUCAUUGAUGCACAAUUUGCGGCCCUGGAGGUUAUAGGAAGAAAGCCAAAUUCGAUUCUACUAGUUGGAGGUCUGGCUCAAUCACCCUACAUUAUUCAGCAGCUUCAGCAGAAGUUCGACGUUAUCUUUCACCUACCAUAUGAUUUGUCUGCCGUUUCUCGGGGCGUUAUAGAGGUUGAGUUUCAAAGGACUUUGGCGCAAAGAUUGCCUAUAUUAGCUGAGUUAGAAGAUCCGGUUGAUAUAACGUCUCAGAGGUCAAAGGAUGUGUAA